AUGUCUUCCAAGAGCGCCGAGUGCUCUCUCAACACCACAGAAUGUAUCCUCAAGACAGUGGUCAGCAUCCUCAGCGAGAUUCAAGAUGAGAACAACCAGUUCAACUGGGACCCUCUCAGUUUCGCUGUCACAGCCAUCAUUGGCAUGGUUGCCCUCUUGUUCGCGGCCCUGACUAUUGGACAAGGUCUUUUGGCAGCGGGACCUGGGCGGACCAAGUCUGGCGCCUAUGCCAUAGGUCCAUGGUCGCUUCUCAAUGAUAGCAAGUUUGACUGGAUCGAGAUGAGAUAUCGAACAGUCUCACGGACUCCAGUCCUUCUCGCCAAGGCGAUAUUGGAGCCACCUUGGGAUCAAUUCGAUCAUCUCCGGCAUCGACGCACUCACCACAUCCCCACGAAAGACCUAGUAGUACUCGAAGACCCCAAGUACCUCAAAAAGAGACAUGAAGACUAUUUCCCAGCGACCUGGCUUGCCCUUUUGACAGCAAUGGAUUUGGACGAAACGAAACUAUGGGGAAUCAAGUCCACAGGAGCCGAUUAUAUACCAUCCGACUUCUCAAUAGUCCCUGCAUACGGCUCCAUACGAUUUGUCGUCACUCUCACCAUCAUUUUUGCUAGAGGCUAUGCCCGUCUUAUCAUCAAUUCAGAAUCCAAACUUCCCCGGGUGCAAGGCACCGGGUUCAACCUCACCUUUCGCCAACAUCCGCUCUUGGGUGCCGUGGGACUCUUUGAAAGACACGAGGCCGAACUCUCGCCGACUUCUCAGGGGUUGGAUGAACUACGAAGUUUGAUAUUGUAUGCCAAUGGAUACAUGGAAGUCCCAGUGGUCGAAACCGAAGAAGCGAUGAACCAGCGAGGGUCAAUCGUGGCGACCUAUGCAAGAGAGCUCGACUGGAACUAUGUUCACUUCGAACUGACCAUGAUGUUUCUCAAGAGAGCAGAAGCAGAAUGUCUUUGCAAUGACCAGAAAGCACCUCCGAGUCAGCGCUGUUGCGGGUUAUUGCCGGCAGCGUGGCCUUCAUGCUGUGGGCUCCUACGACAACUGCUGGAUCAGAACUUGAUUAACUUCAACAUCGCGAGAUGGGGUCCAUUGUAUCCCCUAAUAGCGGAUCGACCACGUUUCCUACCACUCCUAUUCCUCCGCACAAAGGCUCGGUUCCGCGACAAGCUAGAUACUCUGUUCCUACAGAGCCGAUUUUGGGCCAUGAGGGCUUCAGCAUACCUGGAACUGUCUCCUGACCAACCCGAAGACUUUUCCAGAGAUCAGAGCACUUUAGUGGCGCAGGCAACGUCUUGGGCGAUGACAGUAACUCGUGGCCCGGUGGCGGACCUCAAGUUAAGCCCAACAGCUUGGGCACUAACGUCUGAUUACCUUGAGAGGCCGCUGUCCGCGAGCGAUGGCGAUCGUUUGGAAGAGGUGGCAGCAAAAACUGCGCUAGAAUUUGAAAUCGUCACGAUCGACGCUUGGCUCAAACAAGCAGGGCCGCUCGUUCUCUGCCGACAGAUGACUCUGGGUAUCCUGGGUCACGCUAUACAAGAAGUCAUGCUCAACGCCCACCCGGGUACAACAGAAAGCACUAUAGGCAGGGACCAGUUCAUGUUUCUUGCAUUGCAUGAGAAACUCCAACGGUUCCUCCCCGCCGUUGGGGACCCAGACCUGAAAGCUUGUCUCUUCCACGGGGUGUUUCCAGCCGAUGCAGUGAGUUUCGAUCGAGCCAAGGAGGGAGUUUGCAAGCUCCUUGACAAGAUAAGGGAUCUCUGGGGAACCGAAGAAGUGCAAGAGAAUGUAGAUGAGGACGAAGAGGAAGGCGAGCCACAAUGGCGUCCGGUUUGGAAACUGCCCAACACAAGCCAACACCCGCUUGACGAUUUGCUCAUAUACCGAGCAGUCCUGAUCUCUCAAUUAUACUCUUUGUCUAUUGAUAGUAGCAAAUUACUUGAGGAGGAUUCGUAUGGAUUGGUUAUACCGAUCAUGUAA